AUGACCGACGAGAUUCAUGAGGAGGUCCCUAGAGAUGUGAGGCUACUUCACCUGCUCUUGGCGUCUCAGGCAAUACAGCAAUACGAGGACCAGGUGCCGCUACAAUUGAUGGAUUUUGCACAUCGGUACACUCGCGGAGUUUUGAAGGACGCCAUGGUAUAUGGGGACUACGCUUCAAACGACACCAACACAGAGCUCUCCGUGGAAGAUGUACGGCUGGCCAUUGCAGCCAGAACUCAUUAUCAGUUCAAACCUACUGCUCCCAAGGAACUGCUUCUGCAACUGGCCACAGAACGUAACAAGAAACCGCUUCCACAGGUCGUCAACAUGUGGGGCACGCGUUUGCCACCAGAGAAGUACUGUUUGACCAAUAAAGAGUGGCGUUUGGAUGAAGAAGUCGAUGAGAACGGGAACAAAAUUGGCUCAUGA